CGGCGCGCGGCGGGAUGGGGGGCGGCUCUGGGCUGCUCCGGCUCCUGCUGCUGCUGGGGGCCGCGGGCUCGGCCGCCCCCUGGGACCUGCGCGCCCUGCGCUGCAGCUUCUCGGCCGCCUGCGAGUGCGACUUCCGGCCCGACGUGCGCGGUCUGGAGUGUGACUUGGCCCUGAACCUCGUUGGGCAGCACCUAGUGAGGCAAUUGGUGGUGAAAGGAGUGAGAGAGUUUUUACAGAAUCAUGAUCCUGUCAAACCUCUGGUGAUGUCCUUCCAUGGCUGGACUGGCACAGGCAAAACCUACGUGAGCUCCAUGCUGGUCCGCUACUUGUUCCAAGAUGGGGUCCGCAGUCCAUAUGUCCACCAGUUCUCCCCAAUAGUGCACUUUCCCCACGCUGAACAGAUCGAGCAGUACAAGGAAAAUCUGAAGAGUUGGAUCCAGGGGAAUUUGACAAACUGUGGCCGAUCAGUGUUUCUCUUUGAUGAGAUGGAUAAGAUGCACCCAGGUCUGAUCGAUGUGAUUAUACCAUUCCUUGGACCCUCCUGGGUUGUGUAUGGAACCAACUACAGAAAAGCUAUCUUCAUUUUCAUAAGCAACGGAGGAGGUGAGCAAAUUAAUCGAAUGGUGCUGGAUCUCUGGUAUGCCCGCAAGGACCGGGAAGAGAUCAGCCUGCAAGAUCUGGAAUCUGCAGUUUCAGAAGCUGUGUUUGAAAAUCCUAAUAAUGGGUUUUGGAAAUCUGGAAUCAUCGAGGAGCACCUCAUUGAUCUCCUUGUGCCCUUUCUCCCACUGAAGCAACACCACGUGAAGCAGUGUGUGGUGAAUGAACUCACCCAGCAAGGCUUAACGGUACAGCAGGACAUCAUUCAGGCGGUUGCUGACAGCAUCCCCUACUUCCCAGAGGAGGAGAGAGUGUUCUCAUCAACAGGCUGCAAAACGGUGGCCUCUCGCGUCACCUUCUUCUCCUAAACUGAGAGAAGGACUCUUUCUCCAAAGUAGCGCACAGUUGAGGAGCUGGUAAGCAGCCCUUGGAGGAUAAGUUUACCCAUAUACUUGCUCAGAUUCAGAGGAGCAGAGUUUAAGAAUACUUAAAGCUGCUGUGCCCAAUAAAACGGGGAUGACCAUGAAGAGCAACAGAUUGUGGAACUCUGAUAGGACAAGUGCAGCCUCCAGCCCUCAGGCAGAGGCUGCCGGAUGCAGUCUUGGGAACAAAGGGCACACUGACCUGAUUCUAAGCACUUUAUCAAUCUGUUCUUUGCCCUGGUGGAGGGUGAACACAGAACAGCCAAGAAUACCACCGUGAUGUGUAUGUGGAGUCCAAAGGGGAAGAGG